GCGCUUUGGGCCAACACCAUUCGAAGCAUCUCGAUGUGGCGCCUUCCGAAGCAGCACCUCCCGCGCGGCGGCGGCAUCUCGUCCUCUGGAUUCCUGCGCAUGAUGAGCGCGACAAACAAUGCCGGCGGCGGCAUCCCGGGCGACUUUAUCGCGCACGUAAAGGAGCUCGGAGUGAGCCUUCCAAACGGCAAGAAACUGUUUGAAAACAUGAACCUGGCAUUCCUGAACGGCGCGAAAAUUGGGAUCCUCGGCAGCAACGGCAGUGGCAAGUCGACGCUGAUGAAGGUCAUUGCGGGUGUGAACAAGGACUUUGACGGCGAACGAUGGACCAAGCCAGGUCUGCGCAUCGGGUACUUGCAGCAGGAACCGCAAUUGGACCCGAACAAGACUGUGUUUGAGAACGUCAUGGACGGAAUCAAAGAGUCCACGGCCCUCCUCAAGCAGUUCGACGACGUGUCGGCCGCGAUGGGCGAACCAGACGCCGACUUCGACAAACUUCUCGACGAGCAAGCCAAGCUGCAAGAAAGGAUCGAGCUGUUGGAUUGCUGGGACCUGACUUACGAAGUCGAACGAGCGAUGGCGGCGUUGCGCGUGCCGCCGGGUGACUCGGACGUGACUGUGCUUUCCGGGGGCGAGCGGCGCCGCGUGGCGCUGUGUCGUCUUGUGCUGGAGAAGCCGGACAUUUUGCUUCUGGAUGAGCCGACCAACCAUUUGGACGCUGAGUCGGUGGGGUGGCUGGAGACGUACUUGAAGAGCUACAAGGGCACGGUGCUGUCGAUUACCCACGAUCGGUACUUUUUGGACAACGUGGCGGGGUGGAUUUUGGAGCUCGAGCGCGGCAACAACUACGUGUACGAAGGCAAUUACACGUACUUUUUAGAGCAAAAGCGCAACCGCCUGAGCAUGGACAAGAAGCGCGAGGCGGUGCGUUCGCGGCAGCUCGCGAUGGAGUUGGAGUGGGUGCAGACCCAUCAGGGCAACAAGAAGGGCACCAAGGCCCGGCAGCGCCAGAUCGACGAGCUCAAGAACGACGAUGGAUUCCAUCGACAAGAGGAGGGGCAGAUUGUAAUUCCUCGGCCCGCGCGUCUCGGCAACAAGGUGCUGGUGGUGUCCAACCUGUCCAAGACCAUCGACGGCAAGUGCCUGAUCAAAAACUUGAGCUUUGAGAUCGAGCCAAACAGCAUCGUGGGGAUUGUCGGGCCCAACGGCGCCGGGAAGAGCACGCUGUUCAACAUCAUCGCAGGCGAGAUGGAUGCGGACGCUGGAUCGGUCACCCUGGGUAAUUAUCUCAUCACGUUUAGAGGAUAUAUAUAUAUUUGUACGUUAGGCCAAACGGUGCAGAUGGGGUUUGUGACCCAGUCCCGCAAGGAGCUCAAGAGCCGCAACACCGUGUACGAAGAGAUCUCUGGGGACAACGAGUUUGUCGAAGUCAACGGAGACCGCAUCAACACGCGCGCGUACAUUGCCUCGUUCAACCUCAAGGGCCAAAUGCAGGAAAAACAUGUGGGGAAAUUGAGUGGCGGCGAACGCAACCGCGUGCAUUUGGCCAAGAUGUUGCUUGGAGGACACAACCUGAUCUUGCUCGAUGAACCGACCAACGACCUUGAUGUCGACACAUUGCGAUCGUUGGAGAUGGCACUGGCAGAGUUUGGUGGGGUGUCGAUGGUGAUUUCGCACGACCGGUGGUUCCUAGAUCGCAUUGCCACGCAUAUUCUGGCGUACGAAGGCGACGGCCACGCCACGUUUUUUGAAGGGAAUUACACAGAGUACGAAGCGACCAAGGCCAAGAAAUAGAUAAAAGUUAAAAAGGUACUUUGCACUUUGG